CCCCAGCGCCGAUUUGAAAGAACCUUUUCCUUGUGCCCUUCCUGUGCCGUGCUCGGGGCAGCCCCAUCCUGCGGCCCUGAACCUCCUCAGGCAGCCCAGACGCUGCGGAGAUGACUUCCGAGGGUCUCCGGAACAGCAGCGAGGGGUCUGGGCAGGGACCUGACAGGCUGGCCACGAUGUCUCUUCACAGCGCAAGAGUUGCUGCUCUCCUUGCUUGGGUGAACAGCACAAAGGUUUGUCCUGAUCCCCUCAAUAAUCUGUCCCAGCUCCAGGACUGUAGUGUCUUCAUCAGAAUUAUCCACAAAAUCCACGGGAGCAAGGAGGGGGAGUCUGUGCUGGAGCAGCCGCUGCCGGAGAGGAUCUCCUUCAUCCAUGGUUUCCUGCAGAAGCACUGCAGGCACAAAUUGGCUGCAGAGAACCUGGUCUCUGCACAGAAACUCCUGGAUGGAGAUGAGCUGGCGCUGGCCAAGGUGGCCGUGCUGCUCCUGUAUCACACCUCCGUGAGUUCCAAGAACCCUGGGGACUGGUAUGAAUUUGACUACAAGACCCAGGUUGAACUGGCAUCAAUCCUCAAAUUUGUGCUGGAUAACGAGGAGUGCCUGAAUGAGAAUCUGGAGCCAUUUCUGCAGAGGAAAGCAGAGCCAUCCUCAUCCGGUGUGUCCAGCAGCAGCUUUGAGGAGCAUUCCCCACCGUUCUCUCUCCCGCACAAGCGAGAGGUGCGUUUCCUGGAGCUGCAGAAGAUCGCCACCUUCCCCAGCACCAACCUGCCCAGCACUCCAUCUUCACCCAUGGGGGACAUCAUGCAGACCCCCCAGUUUCAGCUGCGGCGGCUGAAGGAGCAGCUGGCUUUUGAGAGAGAGAACCGAGAAGAGCUGGAGGUGGAGGUGGCGGAGAAUAACAAGCUCGUCAUGGAGAAGGAUGCUCAGAUCACCACGAUGCAGCAGCGGAUUGAUCGCUUGGUAAAGCUCAAUGAGAAGCAAGCUGAAGACCGUCUGGAGCCCAAAGAAAUUGAGGAGUUGAGGGAGAAGAACGAGAGCCUAGUGGGGCGCCUGCAUGAGGCCUUCAGGCAGUGCCAGGACCUGAAGACUGAAAAAGCCCAGAUGGACCGAAAAAUCAACCAGCUCUCCGAGGAGAACGGGGAUCUUUCCUUCAAGCUACGGGAGAUCGCCAGCAAUAUGGUCCAGCUUCAGCGAGCCCUGAACGAGCUCUCGGAGGAGCACAACAGUGCCAUGGCACAGUCGCAGGAAAAGCAGCGACAGCUGGAGAAGGAGCUGCAUGCUGCCCUGCAGGAUAAGAAAUGCUCAGAAGAGAAAAUCGAGAUUCUACAGGGAAAGAUUUCUAUGCUGGAGGACCAGCUGGCCAAGCUGGAGGAGUGCAGCACCCAGGAGAAGGGAGAAGUCAUGGGUGACAUUUUGAAGCUAGAGGAGCUGAAGCAGGAGGUGUCCAGCCUCACUGCCAAACGAGUGCAGCUGGAGGAGGAGAAGCAGCAGCUGGACAGCCUUGUCACCAGUCUCCAGAACUCCCUGUCUGAGAGCCACCGGGCCCGAGAGAGGCUGAAGCGAGACCUGCAGGCACGGGCUGCUGAGGACCAGGCUGAGAGGCUGGCUGCCCUCAGUGCCCAGCAUGAGCAGACCCUGCGGGAAAGAGACUCUGCCCUGCAGCAGCUCCAGCAGACCAACGCAUCCCUGAGCAGCCAGCUGCAGGCUGUAGAUGAGGAAAAGGCUGCACUGAGCCACAAGGUCGGCGAACUGGAAGCCCAGAUCCUGGAGCUGGGUGCCCAACGGCAGCAGGGAGUGGCAGCAGAGGCACUGAAAGCCCAGCUGCAGGAGCUGGAGGGCAGGCUAAAGGAGAGCCAGCAGAGGCUGGCUGAGAAGGAGAAGCUGGCCCGGGAGAACAGCCGCCUGCAGGAACAGCUGCUCUUCCUGGAGGAAUCCCUGCGGAACACUGAGGGUAUAUUGGAGGAUGAGAAGAGACGGGCAGCUGAGUGCCUGGAGGGCAACCUGGCCAGGAUUGCUGAGCUGGAGGCAGAGAGACAGCAGCUGGUUCAGGACCGGGAGGCAGCUCUGCUGGAGCGGGGUGAGGAGCUGGCCACACGCCAGGUGCUGGAGGAGAGCCGGGAGCAGCCCACGGGAGCCACUCCUGCUACCCGAGGGGAGGACGAAGAGUUCAGGCGGCUGAAGGAGGAAAUGCAGGCGCUGAGCCGGGAGCAUAGCCGGGCCUGCCAGCAGCUGCAGGCUGAGCAGGAGAAGGUGGCUGUGCUGGAGACCCAGGCAGAGCAGCUGGCUGGCCUCCAGGCUGACCUGUCCAGUGCUCAGGCAUGGGCAAAGGAGAAGGAGAACGAGGAGCAGAAGCUAAGGGCUGAGAUUUCCUCCCUGCAGGAGAAGAUGGCUGUGGCAGAGCAAACAGCAGCCCAGCGUGUGGCCAAGCUGGAGGCGGAUGCCCAGAGAGCUGCUGAGGCACUGGAGGGAGUCUCCCAGCAGCUCUCCCAGGAGAAGCUCAAAUCCAAGGAGCUGGAAGGCACUGUGGAUCAGCUGCGGAUUGCAGAGAAGGAGCUGGUGUCCCUCCGCUCUGCCGUGCAGGAGAAGGAGAGCUGGAAGGAGCAAGUGUCCCAGUGUCUCCAGGAGAUGGAGAGGAAAAACAGCCUGAUCAGCAGCCUGGAGCAUGAGGUCUCCAUCCUCCAUCGCCAGGUGACGGAGAAGGAAGGGGAGAGCAAGGAGCUGAAACGCCUGAUCCUGGCUGAGUCAGAGAAGAGCAAGAAGCUGGAAGAGAGGCUGCGGGUGCUGCAGACAGAGAUGGCCACCGCGGCCUCCCGUGCAGCCGAGAGGUGCUCAUUGAUGAAGGUGGAGGUGCAGCGGUGCCAGGAAGAGAUGGAGAAGCAGCGGAUGACCAUCGAGGCCCUGAAGAGGGACCGCCAUUGCCAGAGCGAGCGGGAGGAUGAGCUGCGGCAGGAGGCCAAGGUCUGCCAGGACAAGUGCCUACAGAAGGAGCAGCUCCUGGCUGCCCUGCAGCAGAAGCUCGACAGCGCUCAGGCUGAGCGUGCUUCCCUGGAAAGCCAGCACCACCAGGACCUGGAGCAGAGAGCAAAGGCCAUGUCCACGCUGCAAGCUGAGCUAGCGCAGGCCAAGCUGGAGGUGGCUGAGGUUCCGUCACUGCGGGAGCGGCUGGCAGAACAGGACCGGGCCAUUCAGCGGCUGCAGGCUGAGGCAACAGAGGCAGGGGCGCAGCUGGCAGGGCUGCAACAGGCCAAUGCUCGGCUGGCCGAGGAGAACCAGGGGCUCAGCAAGAGCCGCAGCCAAGGGCAGCAGCAGCUUGAGGCGCAACUGGGCCAGGUCAGGGAGCGGCACAUGCAGGAGCUGGAGCAGCUGCAGGCAGCAUCUGAGAAGCUGGUGACCAGCAGCAGGCAGGAGGCUAAGGAGGCAGUACAGAAGCUGGAGGACAUGAAGAAGGAGUAUGAGAGCAGCAAAGCGGCAGCCCUGGAAGAGAAGAAGAAACUCCUGGAAGAGAAGCAAAGACUGACAACUCAGGUAGAGCAGCUGGAGAUAAUGCAGAAGGACCAAACUAAGCAGGUGGAGGAGCUGAACAAAAAGCUGACUCAGCAUGAGAAGGCCACCUCUACCCAGCAGCAGAAAAUUAAGGCACUUGAAGGGGAGCUGCAGGCAGCAGUCACCAGCCAUCAGGAGAAGGUGGCAGAGCUGCAGGCACAGCUCACCCAGAAGGAGCAGGCAGCUGAGCACUACAAAGGGCAGAUGGAGAAGGCAAAAAGCCAUUAUGAUGCCAAGAAGCAGCAGAACCAGGAGCUAUCAGAGAAGCUAAAGGCCAUGGAGCACGUGCAGAAAGAGAACACAGAGCUUCAGAGCAAAUCAGAGAGGCUGGCCAAGGAGCUACAGCAAAGCAUCCUACAGGCCAAGGAGUCUGAGAGGAGCUGCAAGAAUCUUACCAGCCAGAUCCACAGCCUGGAAGCUCAGGUGGAGGUUGCCAAACGACAGGUGCAGGAACUCAGCAAGUUCCAGGUGAUGACUGCCACAGCAAAGGGACAAGAGACUUCGUGCCAGAGUGUGGCUGACCAGAGCACUGAUAGCCUUGAUGAGGCACAGCUGCUCAACUCCACCAGGAAGGUUACCAGCUCUCAGUUGGACGUCUCAGUGGUGCCAUCAGACAGCGAAGAGUCACUGCUGUCUCAGCGGCUGCCCCAGAGGAAGUCUUCCCUGGAGAGUCUCUACUUUACCCCCAUACUCCGCGAGACGCCGUCGAAACUGGAGAGCAGUGCCAACUUCCCGGGUGACUUCUCGCUCGACUCCGGAUGCAAGACCCGCUCAGCCCGGCGCCGCACUACCAUCAACAUCACCAUGACAGAUAAACAGGCAGAGUCUGAGGAACUGGUCUGUGUCAAGAACAUCCCAUUAGCUCAGUCCACAAAAACUUCUUCCCCUGCUAAAGGCCGUCUGCGCUCAGGUGCCUCCACCCGUUCCCUCACCAGCUUCCCCUCCCAGGAAACUCUUGCAAAGCUGGAAACCUCCUCCCCAGAGAAGAGCCCUGGCAAUUCAGGAUUGUUGGGCCUCCCUGGGUACCGGCCAGUCACCCGUAGCUCCCUGCGCUUGCAGCGGACCAGUGGCUCCAGCCUCGGUGUGUGUGGGCAGGGCCGGAGCACCCUGAACCUGGGCAUGUGCCAGGAUGAGCCAGAGCAGCUGGAAGACUGGAACCGCAUUGCAGAGCUGCAGCGGCGGAACCAGGCCCGCCCUCCCCACCUGAAGACCAGCUACGCUGUAGAGAGGCCCUCCACCUCCUUGGGAACCAUCACGGAUGAGGACGUGAAGAUGGGGGACCCAGAAGAGACGCUGCGACGUGCCAGCAUGCAGCCCUCCCAGAUCAUUGCCACCAGCAGCCAGUGCAGCAGCCAGGCCAGCAGCAUCACUACCCGGCAGCGGAGGAAGCGCCUCUCGGAGGAGACCCACCAGGGCGUGGACACUCCCCCGUCCAAGAAGCCGACCAGCUGCUUCCCACGGCCCCAGACCACCCAGGACCGCAGUGAGCAGAGUGGCUCCCAGGUCAGUCAAGAGAGUGAGCGGCCAGCCUCAGCCACACAGGUAAGCUUCAGAGAGAAAAAGAGGGAUCAGGAGGGACUCCUCUGCCCUGCCCACCCUGAGCUAAUGCUCCUGCCCCUCCUCUGCAGGCUCAGAGGCGCCAGUCCAUGGCGUUCAACAUCCUCAAUACCCCCAGGGAGCUGGGGAGGCGCCUGCUGCGCCGAGCAGUCGCCCAGAGGAGCACUCCCACACCCUCCACCAGCAGCGGCACCCGCCGCUCACCCCGCAUCGCCACCGCCAAGUCCCCCAAGGGCAAGGCCAGUCGCCAGUCACGCAAGGAAAAGCCAUCCUGAGGUUUCCCCAGUCCCUGCGUUGCUGGCUCUGCCCUGGCCCCCACCUGCACCCCCUCACCUCUCCCUGUCCCACCAGGGCCCAGGAGCACAGAGGGGGAACAGGUGGGGCAACCCACAUGACUGCCUUGCACAUCCCACUGACAACUGUGGGGUGCCCUGGGCAUGGCAAGGCCCCCUUGCCCUUCCUGCACCCACUGUCAGCCUAAACCCUUCCGGGACCCAGGGCAAGGGGAUGUGCAGGGGUUGAGGGCUAGAAAGGGUGCAGGGGCUGGCACCAGGCUGUGGCUGGAGGGACUAAGCUCUCCCCAGGGAGAUCCUGCAGGCCCAGUAACAGGGACAGAGGUGAAACUUAGAAUCCCUAGGGCUACCACCCCCGCUCCCCGUGUGUGGGACUCCCCCACCUGCCCUGUCCUCCUGCUCCUCCCAGGGAAGCUGAGGCAGCAUUUUUAAAUGUUUCUACUUGUAAAUAAAGUGUAUUUUUCACUUGCUCUGGGGGUCCUGGCUUCCUCCUCCU